AUGUCACAGUUAUCAGAAUAUUGGUUGAUAUCUGCUCCGGGUGACAAAACCCCCCAGCAGACAUAUGACAAGCUGUGCCAGGCUUUAAAAAGUGGCAAUGACAAACUGGCAGAGACUUUUAAAUUCAACAUUCCAGAUCUGAAGGUGGGCACCCUGGACAUCUUGGUGGCAUUGUCUGAUGACCUUAAUAAAAUUGAUUCCUACAUUGAAGGGGUUGUGAGGAAAGUUGCUGCAACUCUAGAGGAUAUUCUGGAGUCCUCGGCCAAAGGAAACCUUACAGAGAAUCUGCGUGUGGUAGGAGAUACACCACCACAGGUGUACUUGCAGAAGUUCAGCUGGGAUGCGGCCAAGUACCCAGUCAAACAGCCUCUCAGGGCCAUUGCGGAUGUCAUCUCUAAGGAUGUGACCCACAUUGAAGAGGAGCUGAAAACUCGCUACAACAAGUACAACGCACUCAAGGGCACCCUAGAGCAGCUAGAGCGCAAGACAACUGGCAGCCUUCUCACCCGCAACAUUGCUGAUCUUGUGAAGAAGGAAGACUUCAUUUUGGACUCAGAAUAUCUCGUCACACUGGUUGUUAUAGUUCCCAAGGUGCUGAAUGAAGACUGGUUUAAGAAUUACGAGAGGUUUUCAGAGAAGGUGGUCCCACGAUCAUCCAGGGUUGUCUUCGAGGAUGGUGAGCACCAGAUGGUCACUGUGACCAUAUUCAGGACCAUACAGGAUGAGUUCAAGCUCAAGUGCCGUGAGAACAAAUUUAUGGUUCGAGAUUUCCAGUAUGAUGAGAAUGAGAUUCAGGCGGGCAAGGAUGAGAUGGAUAAACUCAGCGCCGAGAAGAAAAAGAAAUUUGGACCCUUGGUGAAAUGGCUGAAGAUCAAUUUUGGUGAGGCAUUUGUUGCCUGGAUUCACAUCAAGGCGUUGAGGGUUUUUACAGAGUCAGUUCUCCGAUAUGGUCUCCCUGUGAACUUCCAGGCCAUGCUGGUGCGACCAAUCAAGAAAAAUCACAAACGUAUCAGAGACCUUCUUAACCAGCUCUAUGGGCAUCUGGAUAGUACAGCCCUGUCCGGUCAACAGAUGGCAGCCAUGGACAUCCCAGGACUGAAUCUGUCCUCGUCAGACUACUUCCCCUACGUCUUUUACAAGAUCACCCUGGACAUGCUGGAGCCCACUAGAUAA